CUCGGGGCAGUGCUGCUCGUUCACUAAGCGGUCUGAGUUCUUCAGCUGUUUAGGAGACAAAACUGCUUUUAUUCCUACUGAAUCUUUUAAAUGAAUAUCCUGAGAGUCAAGAAAGGCCAAUCUACAGGAAAAAGGGGGAGCUGGACGUUAAGCAUCUUCUAGAAACUCUUCUAGCCGAUUCCAUGAAACGGCGACAGAAGAGGAAACAUCUGGAACAUGAAGAGUCCCAGAAAACCGCUGAGAAGGGAGGAGGAAUGUCAAAGUCUAAAAAGGAUGUCCUGCAGUCUGGAUCCAGUGGAGUGGCCAAAGGCUGGAGCCAAGGGGUAGGACAAGUCUCCUCUACCUCUGAAUACUUCUCCUGCAUUUCUUCAUCACACAAGCUCAUCCAUGGUGGAAUCCAGAGAAUACAUCAAGACAGCCCCCAGCCUCAGUCACCCCUAGUCCAAGUUCAGGAACGAGGAGUGACUCCUCCCUGCUCACAACAUGUCUCCUUGUCUCCUCAUUCAUCCUAUAAGACUUGUGUGUCCUCUCUGUGUGUAAACAAAGAGGAAAGGGGCAUGAAAAUAUACUAUAUGCAGGUACAAAUGAAAAAAGGUGUAGCUGUCUCCUGGGAGACAGAGGAAACUUCAGAGUCUUUAGAAAAGCAGCCAAGGAUGGAAGAAGUGACCCUUCCUGAGGUUGUGCGGGUAGGUACUCCCCCCUCGGAUGUGUCCACCAGAAACCUCCUUUCUGACAGUGAGCCCAGUGGGGAGGAGAAAGAGCAUGAGGAGAGGACAGAGUCAGACAGCCUGACAGGCUCACCGGCUGUUGAGGAGAGACCCAGGGCCAAGACACCUGACUGGCUGGUGACCAUGGAGAACGGCUUCAGGUGCAUGGCCUGCUGCCGGGUGUUCGCCACCAUGGAAGCCCUCCAGGAGCAUGUGCAGUAUGGGAUCAGGGAGGGCUUCAGCUGCCACGUCUUUCAUCUCACCAUGGCUCAGCUGACAGGCAACAUGGAAUCAGAGAGCACCCAAGAGGAGGAGGAGGAGGAGGAAGAGGAUGACCAUGAGGAGGAGGAGGAGGAAGAGAAGCUAGAAGAAAAGAAGGAGGAGGAGGAGCAGCCCACAGGGGAAGACCGUGGCCUGAGGAGAUCCUGGAGCCAAUGUCCAGGCUGUGUGUUUCAUUCUCCAAAGGACAGCAACUGAGACUUAUGGGCCAGAAGAUACUGGAAGAUGGUGUGGCCUUCUCUUGUAAGAGGGAGAAGAAAGAGCCAUGGAGAUAGUAGCAGACAGACUGCCCAAGGUAUGAAGGAGAUGAGGGAACAGCACUCAGUCUAACAUGUAAACAUCAUAUGUAAUAAAGGCUGUGUUUCAAACCUU